CAAGCUCCCCAUUCUCCCUUAACAGAGACUGUCUCUGCAGAUGAUUCUCGAGGCAGAGUCAUGACUGAGACUGUUCGGAAAUUCUUCCCCGAGACAUGGAUUUGGGAUCUCUUUUCAGUAGGUUCCACUGGCAAGGCCAACAUUGUAUUCACCAUCCCUGACACCAUCACCGAAUGGAAAGCCAGCGUUUUCUGUUUGGAGAAGGAGUCUGGAUUUGGUAUCUCUGCACCCACCUCCCUGACAGCCUUCCAGCCUUUCUUUGUUGACCUGACCCUGCCCUACUCCACCUUCCGGGGGGAAGACUUCCUCCUUAGAGCCAACGUCUUCAACUACCUGGACAAGUGCAUCAAGGUUGGUAUUUUGCUAGCCAAUUCCCAGGAUUACCAGGCUCAGCUCCUUUCCCCAAAGGGAGAUGAUGGAUGCGUGUGUGCCAAUGAGAGGAAAACCUAUGUCUGGAAUAUUAUCUCAAAAAAACUAGGUGAUGUGAUGUUUAGUGUUACUGCUGAGACCAAGAAGAAUGGUGGGAAAUGUGGGAACAGAACAUCUGGGAGGCCGGAGAUAGGGUGGAAGGACACCCUGAUUAGAACCCUGUUGGUUGAGCCUGAAGGCAUCGAAAAGGAGGUGACCCAGAGCUCCCUCAUCUGCACAAAGGAUGCUGCAGCCACGGAACCAGUGUCUCUGAAGCUGCCUGAAAACCUGGUGGAAGGAUCAGCCAGAGCCUCUUGUUCUGUCACUGGUGAUAUCCUGGGCACAGCCAUGCAGAACCUGCAGCAGCUCCUCCAGAUGCCCUUUGGCUGCGGGGAGCAGAACAUGGUCCUGUUUGCCCCCAACAUCUACGUCCUGGACUAUUUGAAUAAGACGGGGCAGCUGAGUGAGGAGACCAAAUCCAAGGCCAUCGGAUACUUAGUCAGUGGGUACCAGAAGCAGCUGUCAUACAAACACCCGGAUGGAUCCUACAGUGUCUUUGGGACCAGAGAUAAGGAAGGAAAUACAUGGCUCACCGCCUUCGUAUACAAGUCAUACGCACAAGCCAAGCGCUAUAUCUUUAUUGAUGACCAUGUCCAGUCCCAAACUCUGACCUGGCUCUCAAGCAAACAGAAGUCAAGUGGUUGCUUCCAAAGUGUUGGGAAACUCUUCAACAAUGCCUUGACGGGAGGAGUCGAUGACGAGCUUUCACUGACAGCCUACAUCACCACAGCUUUGCUUGAGGCUGGACACCCCAGCUCGCACCCCGUGGUCCGAAAUGGCCUGUUUUGCUUGGAGGCUGCAUCUGGAGAGGAAAUCAGCAAAGUUUACAUCCAGGCACUCCUGGCCUAUAUCUUCUGCCUGGUCGUCAAUGAGGGGAAAUGUGACUUCUUCUUGAAGGAGCUGGACAAAUCAGCUAAGAAAGUCGGUGGCUCAGUGCACUGGGAACGGGAGGUAAAGCCCCCUGCAGAAACGUUCCCCUCUUUCUAUUCCCGUGCCCCCUCUGCUGAGGUUGAGAUGACCAGCUAUGUGCUUCUGGCAGUGCUCCACAAACCCAAACGGGCUCAAAAGGACCUAACAUUCGCCUCACAGAUUGUGCAGUGGAUCAUCAGACAGCAGAAUUCCAAUGGGGGUUUCUCUUCCACCCAGGACACAGUUAUUGCUCUUCAAGCGCUGGCUGAUUAUGGUGCAGCAACCUACUCUGAGAAUGGCCAAAACACAGUUAAAAUCAGCUCCAGCAAGCCUUUUGAGAAGGUCUUUGAGGUGAAUAGCCAGAACAGGCUACUGUUGCAGCAGAGUUCCCUGCCUGAUGUCCCAGGGAAUUAUAUCCUGGAAGUGAAUGGCAAUGGAUGUGUCUUUGUGCAGACAACCCUGAGAUACAACAUCCUUCUUCCCAAUAAGACUUCUGGGUUCUCUCUCUCAGUGCAGACGGCAAAUGCUUCCUGCGCAGACAGUUUCCGGGCAAAGUUUGACAUCGUCCUCUCAACCAGUUAUGCCGGGAAACGCAAUAUCUCCAACAUGGCCAUUAUCAACGUCAAGAUGCUCUCUGGCUUCGUACCUGUCAUUUCAUCCCUGCAGAAGCUUCGUGAGGAUCAGAAAGUGAUGCAGGUAGACACCAAGCAAAACCACGUCCUCUUCUACCUAGAGAGUGUCUCACGUAAGACUAUCAGUUUCUCUUUCUCUGUUGAACAAGACCUUCCUGUGUCCAACAUCAAACCAGCUUCAGUGCUGAUCUACGAUUACUAUGAAACAGACGAACAUGCUGUUGCAGAAUACAAGUCACUCUGCAAUGAAGCUGCCCCUGAAAGCAUCGAAUAGCCUGGGAAAGG